AUGAAACUUGGUAUCAACUUCAAAACUGGGCAUAAAUGGUCACUGACUUCUUGGAUAAGUGAGGAGGUUCCUGCCUCUGGUUCUUUUACCUUUGGUGGAGACCCCAAUGGUACAAGUCAACUGGUAAUCUGGUGGCGAGGGGGUGUAUCCUGGACUAGUGGACUAUGGCGCGAUGGGUACUUCGAUAACACAACCCAGUUAUCCAAUGAAGACUACUACAGCUUCAGCUAUGUCUCCAAUGAGGAUGAGAAAUACUUGACAUACUCGGUGAAUAGCAGCAAUACUUCACCAAGAUACACCAUACAACCAUAUGGUGCCGUUUAUGACAGAAAUGGAAUGUCGCCUUUUGGUGAUUGUGAUUUCCGUAGAUACGCCUUUCCUGGGUGCGGCUUCAGCAUGGGGGCAUCACCAGAGUGCAGAAAAAAUAACCGCUGGUCAGGCCAAGAUCAAGGGUUUGUAUACGGUGAUGGAUUCAAAUACGAUGAAAGAUCCAACUUGAGUUUCUAUGAUUGCAAGCAAAUUUGCUGGAACAAUUGCUCUUGUGUUGCCUGUGCUUCCACUAGUUUAAACGGAACUGGAUGCGAGAUUUGGAGCCGAGUGACUUCUUACGAAACAAGCCCCGAUUCUUAUACCAGAAGGACCUUCGUAUUUAUUCAAUCAGAGACGGAAACGGGUUAG